CAUUGUCGGAUUUUAAGAGCUGCCUAGAUCACAAUUUCGAUGCUACUUGAUUAUUAGCGAGUCACUGUCUUGAUCAUGAGAUGUUCUUUACGAUAUGUAAAGGUAGCCUAUUUGUCUAAAUGUUGUCUAGAAUUGGUACGUAGAGAAAAAAAAAAAGGCAACACCAAACUACCUCUAGUGAUAACUGGUAAUUAUAGGAACAUGCAACUAUAUAAAUAGUAUAGUGGCGACGUUGAUAUAGUAGGUAGACAUGUAACAUGCCUACGCUAAUGGCAAAUCGCGCUGACUCUUUAAAAGAUGACCAGGGCUGAAAAGCUUGGCUCUCGUUUAUUUUCAAAUGAAAGGCGGCAAGAUUCCCCCUUCGAUUUAUCUCUUUAUUCCCCGUCAGCCUAUUCUCGUGCUGGAGUUCUCAUCCAGCUCGUCGUCGUUCGUUACAUUAUUGGAAAUAUUUCCAUCCAAUCGUUCUUAUUUAUUAUACCUAAUUUUUAAUCAUUGCGCAUUUACUUUUAUUCUUGCUUUUAAACUUCGAGUUAAUAUAAAUAGUUACUUAUAUUGUGACUAAUUACUACCAAGAUGACUUCGAACGAGAAUCCACAGCCGACAAUUGAGACGAGAGAUGAGAAUGAAGUUUCGUCCGUGAGCAGCCCGGCUUCAGCAAUCCACGAGAACGCUCCGGCUCCGGCAACGAGGGACCAGCUUGGAGAACCUGUUAACGGGGGCGCACCACCGAUGCCAGCUAGGCCAGCAGGAAAUCCAACUGCUCAACCACGAUCGCCUGCACGUCAGCAGCCACUCCCACAACCGUAUCCUCAAUAUCCGUCACCUUAUGGGCCAUAUGCCUACCAGCCCCAGCCGUACCCGUGUGCGCAGCCUGUUCGAGUCCUUCCUCCUUAUUCAAAGUCCUGGACAGCCAGCAAACUCGUUCUCACAGUCUUCUCGAUUAUCUUCGCUAUCGUAAUCCUGGCCUUAUCAUGCGCCUUCCUUGAUGAUGAUGGUGGUGCCGAAGGCAUGGCACUGUAUGCCCUUCCCAUCACCAUCGCUGCCAUUCUAUGGAACGGCGCUGAGUUGAUCACCUUUGGUAUUCGCUCACGGAAGGACGUUAAACGAGGGAUCCACCCAGGGGCACACGUCGCCCUGCACCUCUGCUUCUGGCUCGUCUGCGUAUUCGCCGUUUUUAUUACGGUUUCGAUUUCCCUCUCCGUACAGGAUAUGAUCAGAGAUUGCACCGAGGAGGAAAUCGAGCGCUAUUCGAAUUAUAGUUAUAGUUACUGUCGCCGCCAUGAUAUCGAACUGUACAGGAACGGCACGUAUCUGCCCAUGAUCCAAGCCGUACUUGCUUUCUUCUGCUUGGCAACCAUCGAUCACUUCAUUCUUUUCGUCGUGGCAUGCAUCGAUACGCACAAACGGAAUAUGAUGAGGCCCGCAGGCGUUGUUCUACCACCUAUGUUAUCGGCAGGAGGCAUGUACUAUCCACCUCCGCCACCACCGGGUACUACUCCUUACUAUCCGUAUCCGAUGGCGAUGCAGUCGUUAUCGCAACCACCACAACAGUCGCAAACGGGACAAGUGCAAUUUGGUCCAGCUCCCAACGGGACUGGUGUCGUAGCACCAACCGCCCCUCAAGCCAACCCGGUCGGACAGAAUUACCAAAGCCUCGCCGGGUUUUACGCACCGGCACCACCGCAGCCUUCUUAUUUGCCAGCUCAGCCCGCAACAGACUCGAAUAACGAAAAGGCCGUGCCCUCUACUUCGGCUAUACCUGGCCAAGCAUCAUGAUGUAAGAGCGCCAACAAGGCAGUU